ACGACAGUGUAACGUCCUUCCGUUUUCCGACAGCACAGCGUGGUGGAGGUCAGAGAUGCUGUUUUACGCAACCGGCAAUCAAAAAGAACUUGUCCUUCAACUGUAUCGUUAGACAUUCGGCAUUUUAGUUAUAAAGGAGAGUAACUUGGUAUCUAUAUAAUCACUGAAAGACACUGUAUGAGCUGUUUGCCUGAUUUACUUACAGAUCCAGCUGUUCGCAUUAGUUUCAUCUUAUCAGGUUAGUUAUCAGGCCUGUCAUCGUAGGGAUCAUGGAUAACAACACUCCGGGAUCAGGCACCUAUAAAUUUGGCAGCAUUUUUGGUGGUGGGGCAUCCGAGUAUUCAAACACAGCUCUCUCUGGAGUGUCAUUGACUGGAGUGAACCCGAUCUCGCCCUACCUCAAUGUUGACCCUCGCUACCUUAUCCAGGAUACAGAUGAAUUCAUAUUGCCAAGUGGAGCUAACAAAACUCGUGGCCGCUUCGAACUAGCCUUCUUCACCAUUGGAGGAUCGUGCAUGACUGGUGCCGCUUUUGGAACGCUGAAUGGGCUUCGACUGGGCCUAAAGGAGACCCGAGACAUGGCAUGGUCAAAGCCCAGAAAUGUACAAAUUAUUAACAUGGUCACACGGCAGGGAGCGUCUUGGGCUAACACAUUAGGAUCAGUAGCUCUGCUGUACAGUGUGUUUGGUGUAGCCAUUGAAAAGGCCAGAGGAGCAGAAGACGACCUUAACACAGUAACUGCUGGCACAUUAACAGGGAUGAUGUUUAAAUCCACAGGUGGACUAAAAGGAGUUGCCAGAGGAGGUCUUCUUGGAUUAGCCCUAUCGGGAUUAUAUGCCCUUUACAACAACUGGGAUCACCUCAAAGGCAGGACUCCUAUGCAUUAUUGAAGAGGACCUUAAAACCAAACUGUGGACAUUUUUACUCUAAACUUACCCUUAUCCUCUUUUGUUCUAUGGCCAAAUGUUUGGCAUCCUUGGACCACCAUAUUUAUUACAGGCUUCACUGAAGGAGUAUGAUACCUUGUGUGAGGUGUAUAAUCAAAAAGAAAGAUUCAGCCGAGUAAAAUUUACUCAAAACAUAUGAAAUACAUGCAUAUGUAUGUGUUGUACUGCAGGCCAUCUCUAGGCUGACUGAUUAUAAUGGAUUAAAUGUGUUGUUCAAAAGUUAGGACUUAAAAUAAAUAAAUAAAUAUAUAUAUAUAUAUAUAUAUAUAUAUAUAUAUAUAUAUAUAUAUAUAUAUAUAUAUAUAUAUAUUAUUGUAAAGGUAUGGCUUUUUUACCCUUUUGACAGAUUUCACCAUGCCACUGAGAUUACAGUACCCAAUAUCAGACUUGUAGAAUGAUGACAGAAGAGUGGAGUGUGUGUGCAGUAGAUGGAAAUGGUCUUCAACACUGUAUACUCUAAAUAAAACAAUUUCUCCUGUUACGGUUACUGAAACCCA